AUGGCACUUGAGGCGUUGAAGUCACGUCGUCGCAAUGACUACAACUUCCAGCUCGAGAGCGACAAUGACAUGUACCACCAUAUGAACAACAGCGUCUAUUAUUAUCUCUUCGACUCGGUAGUAAACACUUACCUCAUCCAACACUGCUCAUUGCAUCCACCCACCUCAUCGCAAAUCGGCCUGGUCGUACAUUCACACUGUGAUUACCUUGCUCCCAUCGAAUUCCCCGCUGUCGUAGACCUCGCAUUGAGAGUGAAUAAAUUGGGAAGAAGCUCGGUGACAUAUGAAAUCGGUGUCUUUCAAAAUGGAGAGGACGAGGUCAAGGCUGUUGGCGAAUUCGUCCACGUCUUCGUCGACCGUGACAGUCGUCGCCCUGGAAAAGAGGGGAUGAAUGAAGAGCUCAAGAGAGGUCUAGAGAAUUUGUUAGCGAACAAGUCGAGACUAUGAGAUCCGGGCCACGAGCAGUCGCAAUAAGGAUACUACAUCAGACACAGUAUGGCGACCUUUGCGGUCACACGGGCGAGAAAUGGUCGACUUUCCCAGGAAGACCGUUCCGUAAUACUGCUUAAAUUAGGUCUCCAGCCGCUCUACAAGCCCUUUAGUCAUCGAGUCGGGUACAUCAGAGCGGGGUAGUGCUUUUACGGCAAUCUAUACCCGCACCGAAGUAACAUAAAAUACUUGACAAUGUGAGUAAACACCUAAUAGACGUGUCUGGCGAAUACAGUGGCCUUUAUACAAUAGUAUUUCAAGUAUAUUAUGUCA